AUGAAGGGAAAGCUGUACCCCAAGAACAAAGACAAGGAGCAUGAGAGGUACGGAGGAGGGGGGGGCUCCCAAAACAUGAGCGCCCUCAAGAGGCUCUCCUCCAAAGUCCUCGGGGAUUCAGUUAGUAAUUUUGAUUUAAGUAAAACCCUAGACAAAAUAGACGAGCAUGUGAAGCAGUAUCCCUUUCUAGACGAUUUGGGAAAGAAAUAUGGCAUCAAGCCGUCCUACGUCAUUGUGGGAGUUUCUGGGUUCCUCUUCCUCUCGCUCAUCUUCGGCUGGGGGGCGGCCCUCAUUUGCAACGUCGUCGGCUUUGCCUACCCAGCGUACCAAUCGUUCAAGGCGGUGGAGUCCCAAAGAAAAGACGAAACGAAGCUGUGGCUGACCUACUGGGUGGUCUACUCGCUGUUUUUUUUUUUCGAGUACCUAAUCGACAUAAUCCUAUUUUGGGUCCCCUUUUACUACCUGUUGAAGCUCCUCUUCCUCCUCUACCUGUACAUGCCGCAAGUCAGGGGCGCCGAAACGGUAUACAAUUUAGUCGUUCGGCCCAUCCUGCUGAAGCACGAGAAGACCAUAGACGACACGGUGCAGAAGAUUAGCCAGACGGCCACCAGCCACCUCACGCAGAUCACCGGCAACCUCACGGAGAAGCUCGUGCAGGACGGCGUUCGCCGCAGGAAUGUCUGA